CCCACAACUACAACCUCGUACAUACGUAGGAUAUCUGGACGUGUCUUGAAAACAAUUGAACUGUGAUCGAAAGCAUGGCGUCGGCACUGGAAGGAUGUGUUGCCUCGUUGCGCGCCAGCAUGCAGAACCUUGACUCGACUAUCAACAUCCUCGACGACGGUGUGAGCGAUAUGCCACGGCUAGCCAAGGUGCUACAAACCACACGGCAUUUCGAGCUCAUUUCGGAAUCCGAUCUCCAAACUGCGCAAGGCGCAUUGCUCUCAGAGAUCCGCCCAGAAGUCGACAAUCUGCUAAAACGUGUCGAAAAUUAUCUGGACAAACUCGAACGCCGCGAGCACUCCCUUAUCGCGAGAUGCGACCUGAACGAUGGACGACUGGGGCGCGACAGCAUCGGAGGAUCAGGUUCGCGGCCAGCGAGUCGAGCAGCAGCAGGCCGGAGCAACGCAAGGGCGGCAAGUGCACAGCAAGAGCUGAAAUACAAGCAGCUGAAGGCGAGGAAAGACAGGCUGAGUUACGCGGUGGAGACACUCGAGAUGCAGGCAAAGCAGAGGGAGAGGCAGUUGAGGAUGAGCAUGGCUGCCCCUCAGCAGUUCGACGACUAUUAGAGAUAGUCGAGCGUAGGCUGCGUCUGCGUGGAGGUGGCUGGCAUGGACAGUGGCCGGGGAAAGAGAUCACUAGGUGGGCGUUUUGCAUUUGAGAUACCCCUGAAUCGAGUUCUUGUGCCUUUUAA